AUGUAUUACGAUUUACAUCCCAAGUUAAGGAAGCUAGGAUCUUUGGUGGCUAGUCCUCUUGAUUUGAAAGACCAAUAUGGAAGACUUCUGAUUGUGUUGAAUACUGAUGUAGAAUAUGGAGUUUUGAACACCUUGGUCCAGUUCUAUGAUUCAGCGUAUAAGUGUUUCACUUUCCCUGAUUAUCAGCUUGCACCUACUCUAGAGGAGUAUUCCUAUUACACAGGCUUCCCUGUAUCAUAUCAUAUACCUUUCAGUGGUUUAGAGGAGAUUCCUAUGUCUCAUGUCAUUGGAGAGUAUUUGCAUUUGAGAAAAGGGGAUAUUGAUGCUAAUCUUAUGACUAAAGGAGGUAUUCUUGAUCUACCUGCUAAGUUCUUGAUGGAGAAGGCUUCUACUAUUGCUAGUAUUAGGAGUAUGGUUGCUUUCGAAGUUAUUCUCGCUUUUCUUAACUAUGACAUAAUCUUGUUCCCUAAUGUUGACAACUUUAUGGACAUCAAUGCUAUCCAUAUUUUUCUGAUUCAGAAUCCAGUUCCUACUUUGCUCGUAGAUACCUACUAUUAUAUCCAUUACAUAACAAAGAAGAAAGGAGGAAUUGUUAUGUGUUGUGCACCUUUACUGUACAAGUGGUUUAUUGCACACUUGUCACAAUCCAGCUUAUUUAAGGAUAACAAGGAGUGUUUGAGGUGGUCUUAG